UGGAAUUCUCUUGGUGCAGACGAAAAUGCUACUCGAGAGAGAAAAAAAAAGACGAGCGCGAGCUGCGGGCUGCAGGAGCCACCUAGUGACCGUGGGGCGCGGCGCGCCGGGGGCAGAUGCGGCCGGUACGCCCUAAACCGCUGUGCGAGCUGCGGGCUCAAAGCACCCCAGUCACGGACGCGCGCUGGGUGAGGGUUAUGGCGUGGAAGAGUGCCCUGGCUGUUUUCCUGUCAACUCAACACAAGCCGGAGUCAUCAGAGAGGAAGGAGCCUCAGCUGAGGAAGUGCCUCCACGCGAUAGAUCCAGCUGUCAGAGACGACAUCCUAAGUCCCUGAACUUCAUUCAGCGUGGCUAUCAAUUCCGUACCUGCCCUAUGUGUCACUGUCUCAGCAGAUGGCACCACCGAGUCCAAGGAACAGUACCCCUAACAGUAGCAGUGGCAGCAACGGGCACGACCAGCUGAGCAAAACCAACCUGUAUAUUCGGGGACUGCAGCCAGGCACUACCGACCAGGACCUUGUCAAGCUCUGUCAGCCGUACGGCAAGAUUGUCUCCACCAAGGCCAUCCUGGACAAGACCACAAACAAGUGCAAAGGCUAUGGCUUUGUGGACUUCGACAGUCCUUCAGCGGCACAGAAGGCUGUCACUGCACUGAAAGCCAGUGGUGUGCAGGCCCAAAUGGCAAAGCAACAGGAGCAAGACCCUACAAAUUUAUACAUCUCAAACCUCCCGCUGUCGAUGGGCGAGCAAGAGCUGGAGGGGAUGCUGAAGCCGUUUGGUCAGGUUAUCUCCACCCGGAUCCUUCGAGACUCUAGCGGGACCAGCAGAGGCGUCGGCUUUGCGAGGAUGGAGUCCACAGAGAAGUGUGAAGCGGUCAUCACCCACUUUAAUGGAAAGUAUAUUAAGACACCCCCUGGAGUAGCAGCACCAUCGGACCCCUUGCUUUGUAAAUUUGCUGACGGCGGACCAAAGAAACGGCAGAACCAAGGAAAACUUGUGCCAAAUGGAAGGGCCUGGUCCAGGAAUGGAGACACGGGUCGUAUGGCCCUGACCUAUGACCCCACCACAGCUCUUCAGAAUGGGUUCUACCCAGGCCCUUACAGCAUCGCCCACAGCAGGGUGCUUGCUCAGUCUGCCCUCUCCCCGUAUCUCCCAUCUCCUGUGUCUUCCUAUCAGAGAGUGACUCAGCCGUCUCUACAAGUACCUAACCCGCCCUGGAUGCAACACCAGUCGUACCUCAUGCAGCCUUCAGGCUCGGUUCUUACACCAGGGAUGGACCAUCCUCUUUCUCUCCAACCUGCCUCCAUGAUGGGACCCCUUACCCAGCAAUUGGGUCACCUGUCACUCAAUAGCUUGGGCACGUUCAUGCCAACGGCUGCUGCAAUGCAAGGAGCUUACAUCCCCCAGUACCCUCCUGUGCCUUCUUCCAACGUUUCUGUCGAGGAGAGCAGUGGCCAGCAGAACCAAGUGGCAGUGGAGACACCCUCAGACCAUGGGGUCUACCCUUUCCAGUUCAGCAAGUAACGAGGCCUGGCUUGAGAAGAAAAGUCUGCGUCUGCCUGCCUUUUCUCAUUGAUGGAGCAUGGGGAACCAUGUUGCAUUUUGUAUGUGCUACAUUCAAGAUAAAAAACACACCGGUCAAGCUGCUUCUCAUCUUCACAAAAACAUUUGGAUAUGUUGGAAAUACUUAGGAAGGCUUUUAAAAUGGUUUAUUUCUUUUAUAAAAAAAAGUGCUGAAAAUCGAUGAAGGAGCCCUGCUUGCCAAGUUGAGUUAUGGACUAUUUUUGAUACGUUUUAAAUACGCAGACUUAAAAUUUCUUGUUUUGCAAAGCUCUCAGUUCACCGUGGCAUUGGACCCCCCAACCCACCACCUUUUACGGUGGGGUCUCAGUGUAGCCCUGGACGGCCAGAAACUCACUCUGUAGAGCAGGCCUUGAGCUCACAGGGAUCCUACCCAUUCUGUCUCCUGAGUGCACCACUAUGCUUGGCUGUUUUUUCUUUUACUUCUUGUCCAGAUUGUUCUUUUUCUUUUCCACUUAGCUGAGCCUUGCCUACUUUGCCCUUUUACAGUUUUUGAAUUUUACAAAUCUGACGUACAUUUCAUACGGCAGUGGGGGGAGAGCAGUGCAGGCAGACAUGCUGGCAGUGGAGGUACUCUGCCUCCCAGAGACUUCGGGAAGCAGACCUGUGACAUCGUCACCCGCCUGACUGGCUCUUAGCACUGACAAGUGUCACCCAGCUCCAGUGUUUGGGACCUGUCCUGCCUCCUGGAGGAUCUUCAUUCUACCCCAGGUCUCAUAGCCCCACCCAGCUUGUGACCUUGCUCAUCCUAUGUUAAGACUCUUUUCCUGCUGCACAAGUUCUGCCUUUCACUUUAACUGCAGGUAAUUUUGUCCCCAAGAGGCUGUUGGCAUGUCUCUCAUCUUUGAUUGCCAUGCUUGGGGAGUGGUCAUGUAUGCCUGGCACCUAGUUGUUGCAGAUCGGAACAUCUGACAGCACAGAACUCCACCUCACCAACUCCAUCCCUUACUCCCUGGCAAAGAGUUAUCUAGUUCAGUUACAGUAUUUCCCUGCCUUCUGGAGUAGGCUGAAUCCCCAGCUCAGCCCUGGACAGAGCCUCGGUGUUCAUGUACCGGACCACAGUUUGGUCUAUUCUGCUUCCUGGAGAGGACUAUCCCUGCCUGGGAUCUCAGCCCCUCAUCCAGCUGCACAUGGCUGUACUCAAGAAUCUUCAGAGCUGUGACUUUGCUGAAUCACCUAAGAAUUCAGCGUGAGCAUCUUGGAGCUCACUCAUGGUUGUAUGUGUAUGCCAAAUGCAGUUUGAAGGGAUGCAAGUGAGAACUGUUCACUGUGCUGUGCAUGCCUGAGGAAGGACCAAGCCCUCUGCAGGACCCUGCCCAGCCCUGGUGCAUUUGGACCCCUUCUCAGGGAACCAGAACACCAGGAUGACUGUCCUUGUGGAAGGACAAUAGGAUGCUAGGACAGAAAAAGGUAAUGCAUCAGCCCAUUACUUAUGUCAAGUGGGACUCUUCAACUGUCCCCUUCUGUAAGACCUUCUCCACAUGAGACAUGUCCUCUUCAUGUCAAAGCCAGGCUCAUCUCCACUACACAGUCAAAGGAAUGGAGUUGGGGAAAUGUGUCCCAGGCCUGUAUGGGAGAGGAAGGGUUGAGCAUAGUGGUGAGAGGCUGACUCAGCAACUAUGUAUAUUGCAGAAUUAGGAAUCCUGGCCCAAUUGGCCUGUGCAUUCUGGGAAUCAUGGCAGUGGCAAACAUACAGCAUAUGAUAGCAAAAUUACCAGAUUUUUUCAUCUGUGUGUCCAACCUUAGGAAAGUCAGUCAUAAAAAAGGCCUCAAGCCUGCACUUGUCUUCCAAGUCUCCCUGAAGAGGCGGCUUUGUCAGUCCUGUUGUCACUGCGGCCCCUCCACUACCUCCUAAAAGUUGCUUCUUUUUCUGUAGUUCUAAAGCAAUUCCAAUGUCUUAUGGCUUUAAAAUUUCAAGUUUCCUUUUGAGGUUUUCCUCUGUGAGUUAGAUUCCAGUGUAUCUGGUUGAACAGGUGUGAACAUGGGAAAUGAGGGUGACCUGCAUUUUUUUUAUAGUGGUUAACAGCACUAUGUGAUUCUGUUUGAUUUCCAUCCUCUCUUGCUGGCUCAUUACUCAGUGGAAACAGGAAGUAAGGAUGCAGGCUGCAGAGGGAUGGUCCGCCGAACGGCAUGGACCCACAGGAAGCAGCUCUCCGCCACACUGCCAAGCCAGCCCUUUCUCUUUUUAUCUUGCCUACACUCAUUUCAGAUGCUCACAACAUUUUGUUUCCAAUUAGAACAUACUGGAGUUCACUCCUAAGGUGGUGUCAUCCUUUACCAGGCUCCAAGCCCAAUCCAUCUCAGUGUUACUAGCAUCCCUUUCAGGCUGCAGAUAGACUGACCUUUUUGGAGGAAGGUGCUGAUAUUAAUUAGGACAAUGUGGGGAAGUCAGAAUUGUGCUCACUGAAGGUUGUUUUUUGCCGUCUUCACCAAGAGCAAUACAGUCGAGUAGGAAGGUAGUCAGGUCCAAACUGAGACAGCCUUUUCUAGACCUGAAUUCAGAGUCAAAUCUGUGCCUAGUUACACGAUUCUUCACAACUCCAUGAACCAACCACUCCGCUUUUGAGCAGGCUGCUCUUCAAAUGCCUUUCAGCACUAGGAGAGUCUUGACUGAAGUCAACAUUCUCCUCAGCAGCUAAACCAGUUUGCAUUUGUGUCUUGCUUUUUGCUGUGUCUCCCUGGAGGUGGUCUCCAUGUGGCAAUGAGGAGAAAGCUAUUGCUCUCGUAACCACUGUUCUGACUGGUGUCUGCUUGUUCAAUAAGCAAACCCCAACUUCCUUGUCCCUGUUACUCAACUACCUCAGUCUCACAAUUCAGCAAGGGCCCAGCACCUACUGUCUAAUACCUUCACACUGCCCUCGUCUUCCUGGACUUAGGAACUAAUGCAAACUCUUCAUUCUGGAAGGGAAACUGUCCUUUUUGGAUUGUCUUCUCUAGCGAUUUUGGUUACAACAGUGUGAGCUGUCCAGAAUGGUUCCUGUCUGACAAGCCAGGGCCUAGGCUGUGUGGUGACCCCAGGGACACCGGCUUUGGAGCAGAGGUUAAGACCUCAGAGUAAGAACAGACUGGAGGCUGCCACAGAGCUGAGAGGGUUGUGUGUGAUUUAACAGGGCUGGAAUGAAUGUUAUCUGCUCCUGCUUCUCUGGGGCCGGUAAUGACUCUAUUAAAUGCACUUACUACCCUGGAGAGGAAGUUUAAAUUAUACUUAGAACAACUUUGGACUUUUUUCCCUUCAUCAAGAAAGGUGUAGUUUUAUAUUCUGUAUCUGCCAACACCACCUCUCCUUGCUCUCCUCAGCUGACUUCUUGUCCCCAUUCCUCCUGUGAUUUGGAAAAGCUUUACUUUUGCUAACUUCAAUUUUUUAAAAAAUAAAACACAAAAGCCUG